AUGUCGGACCGAUCUCUAUGCCAAUUCUACCAGAAAAUUGGCGCUUGCAGACACGGUGAUAAAUGUUCGCGAAGGCACGUCAAACCCACAGAAUCGAAAACCGUCCUUCUAGCGAACUUAUACCAGGACCCAAAGAAAGUAGACCCCAAGGGCCAGCCAAUGUCGGCAGAGGAUUUCGAUCAGUUCUACGCCGAUGUUUAUGUGAAAGUCGCCGAGAAGGGAGAGGUGGAGAGCAUGGUCGUGUGUGAAAAUGAAAACUUCCACUUGAGUGGCAAUGUAUAUGUUCGCUUCACGACAUUGGAGGCAGCCAACAAUGCGGUAAUGACCCUCAACCAAGAGUGGUUUGGUGGCAGACCCGUGUAUUGUGAUCUACUGCCAGUGAGUAGUUUCCAGGAGGCCAACUGUAGAGCUCAUGAUACCAACUCCUGUCCCCGUGGAGGCCUCUGCAACUUCAUGCAUGUGCGUCGUCCAGGCAACGAGAUGAGAAGACAGUUGAGACAAGCACAAGAGAAGUCGCUUGCAUUGGCCGAAUUGAGGAGGUUGAAGGGUGCGGAUUGGGGUAGAGAAUGGGAAGAGCCAACGAAACGGAAGUACACGCGUGAAAGCGAAGUCAAGAAAGAGCCAAAGAUAGAAACGCCAGAAGUUGUGGCGGAGGACAAGCCUGAGCCAGUUGUCGAGUCCAAGGCUACUGCUGUGGCCAAAUUGUUUGGUGCCUAG